UAGAACAGAGCAGGCUACUUUAUUUAAGAUUUGAUCCCAAGCCUGCUUUCCCCAGCACCACAACCACAUCCCUGAUAGACAGUGCUUCCAAUACACAACUCUUUUCUAUCACAGUCAAUAAGCUCUGCCUGAAACAAUUCCCGUAUACUCUACCCAAGAAGCUCUCAAGUUUUAUAACCAACACCAUUCAACUCUGCAGGACUGGAACAUUUAUAAUAUAAAGAAAUAAUUGGAUUAAUCACAUACAGCCACGUACAAACGCAAUGAAGACCCUCUUUUUUAUCACAGCAGUUUUGUUUUGUUGGCAGAACACUGCAGGUUGUGGAAAUGACGAAAGAAGAGAGAAGCCGGACCAGUAUUUGAUACACUCCAGUAAACCGCAACAUGAAAUUAUACAAGAAACAGAUGUUUCUGACAAAGUGAACAGUGACCCUUCUCAGAAGUCCCUAACGGCUGACCAAAUUAUAGAACAACUGAAGUUUCAACUUGGUCACUUAGAAAUGCAAAUUGUUUCAAACAAUGAUACAUCCUCAACAAUUAACCACAUCUGGCAGCUGGUUGGAGCAGCAGACUCAUUUGGCAUGAAGGAUCUCAAUCGCGUGCUGAGCCUGUUCACCAAACUCAGCCGAGAAGCAAUUAAACUGCUGCACACCCAUGAUUACGAAGGGAAGAAUAGUCCCCAUGGUCAACUGGUGAUGUUCGUGAAGGCUCUGCUAAUGUCUCUACAUGAAGCUGGAGUCAUAAGAGAUCGAAAUAUAGUUGGAUAAUGUAUUCUGGGUUUGAGUGAUAGGAGGCAUGAAGGGAAGCAGUUGGUCCCACAGCUGUGGCUUUGAUUGAUAUCAUGGAAUUGCUUCACUUUUGGCAUUAUCAAUAGCCCUAGCAAAUGCUUGAAAUUAGCAACUUUCUGUUUUUCUUAACAAAAAUAAUUUAUAUAUAUAUAUGUAAAUGGAUGAAUGAAUUAUCCUUUGUUUAUCUUUCCUGAUGAGAAGGUUGCAUUAUUUUACACAGUUUAUUCCUUUGG